AUGACAAAAUAUAAACGAGUUUCUCCUAAACUCAUUUCUAUUGGAUCUAUAGUAUCUCAACUUCACUAUGAUGCAUUUUUUUAUGAGUGGUGGUUAAUUAGUACUAAUACUAAUAAUAUUAAUGAACUUUAUCCAAUACGUGUUGGUUUAAGCAUUGUUAUUGAAUUAAAUAACAUUCAAUUUUACUUGAAAAUUAUUGAAGGUAACAAAAAUAAUACUUGUUUACCUGGAUAUCUUUGUCAAGCAAAUGGCAAAUCAAGUGAUAUUGAAGAAACAACAAGUGCUGCAUUAACAAACUUGUACCAACAAAUCUUUUCAACAAAAACAAAAUUUUCUGGACCGCGUAAGUUUGGAUUAGAUAAUCAAUCAAUUAUUCUUGAAUAUCUUUUAGAGGGUAUUAAUUUUUGGUUUUUUUUUGUUUAUUUUGACAAAUUUCAAAUUUUUGUAUAUAAUAUUGAAAGUUCAAGUCAGAAUGGUUAUGAAGGUGCGGGUUGUGGGUUUAUGUCAUCACUUAGCAUCAAGGGAAAAAGAAAGAUUUUUUAUGAACAAAAAAUAACUGAAAGUUUUUGUAUUGUUCGAGUAUUUGAAAAAUUUUAUGAGAAAGAAGUAUUCAAAGGAAAAACUCCCAAUGAUGUUUAG